GUUCAGGAGGCCGACUCGCUUGCCAGUUUGCCACUGGGAGCUGCCCGCCCCACAGCACCAGCCUCAGCCAAGAGAACCAAGGCAGCCGCCGCAGCGGGGGGCCAGGGCGCGGCCUCUGGGAAGGAGAAGAAGGGGAGGCACAAAGGCACCGGCAGGCCAGCAGCACUGGCAGAAGACAAGUCCGAGGCCCGAGGCCCCAUGCGGAUCCUGACUGUGGGCCAGUCAGACCACGCCCGGGACGAGGGGGAGACAGCCACUGGUGGGGGCACACGGCCCAGCGGGCAGGACAUCCGUGCCACGAUGCAGAGGAAGGGCGUCUCCAGCAGCAUGAGCUUCGAAGAGGAAGAGGAGGAUGAGGACGAGAACAGCUCCAGCUCCUCCCAGCUAAACAGCAGCACCCGCCCCAGCUCUGCGACGAGCAGGAAGUCCAUCAGGGAGGCAGCCUCAGCCCCCAGCCCCCCAGCCCCAGAGCCGUCAGUGGAUGUUGAGGUCCAGGAUCUUGAGGAGUUCGCCCUGAGGCCGGCCCCGCAGGGGAUCACCAUCAAGUGCCGCAUCACACGGGACAAGAAGGGCAUGGACCGGGGCAUGUACCCCACCUACUUUCUGCACCUGGACCGCGAGGAUGGGAAGAAGGUGUUCCUCCUGGCGGGAAGGAAGAGAAAGAAGAGUAAAACUUCCAAUUACCUCAUCUCUGUGGACCCAACAGACCUGUCUCGAGGAGGGGACAGCUACAUCGGGAAACUGCGGUCCAACCUCAUGGGCACAAAGUUCACCGUUUAUGACAAUGGAGUCAACCCUCAGAAGGCAUCAUCCUCUACUUUGGAAAGUGGAACCUUACGUCAGGAGCUGGCUGCUGUAUGCUACGAAACAAAUGUUUUAGGUUUCAAGGGGCCGCGGAAGAUGAGUGUGGUUGUCCCAGGCAUGACCAUGGUUCACGAGAGAGUCUCCAUCCGGCCCCGCAACGAGCACGAGACGCUGCUAGCACGCUGGCAGAAUAAGAACACGGAGAGUAUCAUUGAGCUGCAGAACAAGACGCCUGUCUGGAAUGACGACACGCAGUCCUACGUACUCAACUUCCACGGGCGCGUCACUCAGGCCUCCGUGAAGAACUUCCAGAUCAUCCACGGCAAUGACCCGGACUACAUUGUGAUGCAGUUUGGCCGUGUAGCAGAGGACGUGUUCACCAUGGAUUACAACUACCCAUUGUGUGCGCUGCAGGCCUUUGCCAUUGCCCUGUCCAGCUUCGACAGCAAGCUGGCCUGCGAGUAGAGGCCGCCUCAUGCCCUCUGGGGUUGCCCAGCCUGGAGUGGAGCUGCCUGCCUGCGGAGACAGCCCUGCCGACCCCCUGUACAUAGGCCUCGUGCCAGGUGACCCUUUGGCUCUCAGUGGGCUCCCGGGCCCAGCCAUCCAGGAACUGGCUCCUGCGCCUCCACUGCUGAGGCAGAGGAGUGGGGGAUGUGAAGGGACCAGCGUGAAUUCUUCCUGUGCCCCAAGAUCAACACACACCCCCCACCCUUGGGUUAGUAUCCUGCUGCAGUCAUGUUUGCCAAGCUGAGCAGCCUCUUCAGCCGGGGAGGCAGGAAGAGGUGUAGAGGGAGAGGAAGCACAGUGCAGGGCUGCUGGGGCCCAGCCAUGCACUCAGCCCAACUGUGAGGGGCACAGUGAGUGUGUGUGUGUUAGUGUAAGUGUUAGGGCACGCCUACUUUACAGAGCAGAGGGCUGGGUAGCCGAGCCUGGCCCUUACAACUACAGCAAGUCCUCCAGCUUCAGAAGGCCUCAGCUGGGCCUGGGAAGAGUUAUGGGCAUGGGGAAAGGUGAGUGGCAGGACCUUGCCAGGAUUGCAGGGGCCCGGCUGUGGCUGUGGGAAUUGGCUGGUGGCCUAGGCUUUGAGCUCAUUUGAUUUCUCUGUGUGCACAGAGGCGGCAGGAGGCCAGCCCCCAAGGUCAGAUCUCUUAGAGGAUGGGGCCUGCAGGACGCAGGCUCAGCAUACAGGCGGCGCAUGGGACAGGGCUGUUCUGGAGCUCCGUCAGCUGCCCCAGGAGCUCCCUGCUGAGCAGUCCCUGCACAAAGCCCAUGAACCCCAGGACACCAGCCCCAGACUGCACACAGGUAGGCGUGCCUGGAGCUCCUGCCUGUGCUUCAGCUCCCACCGCAGUCAGCCUAGGCUGUGGUUGCUGAGGGACUGUAUGUGGUUCUUCUUAGCUGGGAAUGGGACAGGGUAAGGAGAGCAGGAAAUGUUUUAGAACCACAAGAGAUCAGAGGUGGCAGGACUCUGAGAGAUCAUCUAGAAAAUAGGACUUGCCCUGGGUCACCUGGCUGGUUAGGGGCAGAGUUCGGAGUUUCAGCUCCCUUGAUUUCCUUGUUUCCACCAUCCCCCAAGAAACUGCUCUCUCUGACCUUCCUAGGGCACAGUCCGCAUGCCCGUGCACCUGAUUCCGGAGACAGAAAUGUCGAGAGGUGGUGAAAUUGAAACCGUUUCAGUGGGAAAUUGGGCAGUUCCCUGCUGAAAGCUGCCUGGAUUUUUGCAUGUCCAUCUGAUAGGGACUGGCCUGUGCCUGGCUCCUCCCCGAGGGCAGGCCUUAGCAAGGUUGCUGCCCCUUUUGCUAUCUAGGUGUGACAGGUGGGUUGUGAGUGUUCCAGGGCUGUGCCUGGUCCCUCCCUCCACCGCCCUCCUCUUUGGAUGGCAGCAUCUACUCUGAAGACUUGGGAAGUCUUGCAUAUUUGUCAUUGACCCUGACAGAGGCUACUCGCCCAGAUGGAGAUCAGAAAUCAGUGGGACGCAAGCCAGAGUUUGUUCCCCACUUCAGAGUAGAUAGAUGUGCUUGGAAAGACUACAUAGAAGUUGGUUUUUUAAAAAGUAAAAAUCAUACUUUAAACAUGUUAGCAAGGCUCUGAGGUGAAGUUGUUUUGACUUCAGUGGGAGGUGGUAUGCUCAUUUCCUGGUAAUCUGGGUUUUCCUACAUUGAGUGCUUAAAGCAAGGCAUUCUUGUUCUAGCAGGGAUCUGCCCGCAUCUGGGGCAUAUGUCUCUGUGAGAGGCCCCUCCAAUGGUCCAGGUUUUGUUAACAUGGUCUAGUUUCUAGACAGCUCUUGACUUGGGGCCAUCUUUAGGGCACUAGAACUUUCUAUACUGGAGCUGGUCCACUUGCCAAUGAAAUACGGUCGUGCCGUCCUCCUUUCCGUAGUCCCAGUUUGGCUCUUCCUUUCUUGACUUUGAAAAGAGAGACCUGCUGACAUUUAGAAUGAUGGAAAGUAGAUGCUCUCUAAAGUCUAGUCAAGCUGUUUCUCUGGGUCAGUGAUUUUAAGGUAGAACAGGUUGAUUCUGGAUCCUCAUGAGAGUGGAUCCUGGUGGCAGAGUGGAAAAUUCAUCAGAAGCACAAUGGAAAACUAGUCCCCUGCUUUCUCCUCUAGUACACAGGGGAGGGGGCUGACAGAUGUUUUGGUAGGGUCAGGAAUGUGGCCUGAGUUCCAGCCUGGGCACGGAAAAGGGGAGCUCAGCAACAAAACCCUCUGUUGGGCAUUGAGUGACAAGCAAGAGCACUCGAGUCACCUGCUUAAGACCCCAGCCUCGCAAGGUCUGUUCUUAGGACCCCAUCCUUGGUGAUGCUGGUUUUGCUUGACCACUGGCCUCAUAGCCAUGGGCCCAAGGACUCAUAAAGCUGCCAGGGCCCCUGGAGACCACUUGGGCUCAGCCUCUCCCACAGUAAGAGUUUGUGCCCUUCAUACCCUCUAACCAGAUGGUCCUGGGUUGGGCAGGGAACUUGGUGAUGGAAUGAGCAGUCCCUAAGGGUGUUGGGUAGCUGGGACCUUAGGCAGCUCCUCUGCAACUGCUCCUAGCUCUAGCUAACUAACUCCUCCUGGGGCCACACCCCCAAACAAACAGUUCUACAGAGCAGUGAAGUUCACUCUUCCCCAAUUCUGGCUUUUCUUUCCUUCUGGCUCCAAGGUGCUCUGUGUCUGUCUGUGUGUCUGUGUGUGUAUUUGGGGCAAAGGGCAAUCUGAACAAUCAGUUGAGGUUUCCUAUUACAAUCAUAUUUCUACAGAUGAAUAGGAAAGGAGUAAGGAUGUAGUUAUGCUCACCGGUGGAUUUUGUUCAUUUCAUGCUCUUUGAUCAGAAAGUAUACUUGGGAAAGUACCAACUCUUUCUCCCAAGGUUCUGAUUGGGAAGACACCAUCCCCAAAAGUUUAGUUCUUCAGUUCCCACUUUGCAUUACCUGAAGAAAUUGGUGUGUUGCAUGUGUGCUUUUGGAUGAAUUUGAACUUUUAUUCUAGUUGAAUGUGCCUUAAAAAUCAUGACACUAAUUCAGAACGAGCAUGUAAGGUCCAGACCCAUGCUGAGGACAGGUGUUAAAAGCCAGGAAGUGUGAUAAUCACAGGCUAGAAGACACAACAUUUGGGGCCCACCUCCUUCAGUGACAAGCGCAACAAAACUGUAGAAGCAGACAUCUUUCUUUGCUCUGGAAAUGGUGGGGCAUUUACUUCUAAAUGAAUUUACCAUAUAUUUAGAGGCAGUUCUGAAUUUAACGAGCCACAGUGAUGACUUCAAACUAAGAGGCUUGUGCUUUCCUUACAGUGAGGGGAGAGGCUGGGCUGGCUGUGUCCACGGCUUUGCUAUGCAAGCACAAAUUCCAUCUCCUAGAUGGAGUCCCUGGCUUUCCCUUCCUGCGGUAACACCAGCCCAUCCCUCUCUACAAUUCUUCACCCCAGCUGAGAUACCCCUGUGACCUCAGGAUGCCAGGUGGCCCUCAGAGUACAUUUUUCUAGAUAGCUGAAUGAGUUUGCUUUCUUCUGGUGCCCAGCACUGAGUGGGGCCUGACUCCCCUGCACUCAGGGCCCAGCGUUGGGACCCUACACUGCCCUGGACCCUGGCUUGUAGAACUGUAGCAGCCCCAGGAACAGUAAAGGAUGGGCUCUUGUUUGAGUUUAGUGGUCACCUGUCCUUCCAUACCUCCUGUUUGUAAUUUUCUGUCAUCUCAGGAUAUGGGGGGAAAGGUACAGCAGAAGUAUUUGGGACGGGUUUGGUUUUUGAAUUUUCCAACCAAGUUGAGAGGCAAGUUGGUCUUACGGAAAGCACUACUGCACUUAGUAACCAUGUGAUUUUGAGCAAACCACGUGAUUUUUCUAGGUCUGUUUUCUCACCUACCAAACAAGGAGGUUGGACUGUCAACAGCUUGCAGUAGGAUUCAGGGUGAAUGAAAGUUGAUCCUUGCUUUCAUCACUUUCUAGCUCAUCACCGUGCCUUUUUUCUUUCCUAAGAAAGACGUCACACCCCUUUCCUCUUCUGUUGUCCCUCCCUGUCAAGGUCCAGGCAGAGCUGGAGAUUAGCCAAGAUCCAGAAUUUCCUAGAGAGUAACUCCUAGAGAGUAACAGUGUGGCUUAGAAAGGGAAGCCCGACUCUGGCCUCUUUAAUCCUGCAUUUGGUGACUAAGGGGACUUAGGAUGGUGACACUUCUCUUAUUGGGAGCAUACAUUUAGCCAGUUUUCAUAAUGCCUAGAAUGUGUAUGUCUAUUUGCACAAGAUUGUCUUUUCCUAUUUUGGAGUGGUCAGACAUUUUAUUUUUGUUCAAAAUCAUCAAGUUUUAGACAAACUUGCAAAACUGUGCUUUUAUUAAGUGACUUUUUGAAUAAACUCUUUGGUAUUCUGGAGCAAAUGUAUUUAUUUAUUGGUAUGUGCAAUGACAAAGUUGGUAUUUUCCCAUGACAUUAUGUAUGUUGUAGAACUUAGUGUUUGUCUGAGUACAGACCACAAACCCUAUAUCAACAAAUUAAACCUGAACUGUUUCAACACUGCUGUGCACUUUUUUCCCCCUAUAAAAGAAAAAACAUGUUUCUUACCUAAAAGUUUUUUUCUACAUCAUUCAUUCCUUCUGUCCUAAGAGCCUCAGGGGUGGGCGGGAGGUGGUGGUAACAAGGGGAUCAUAGCUUGUUUAGAAACCAUCACAUAUGGGUGGAAACUGUCUUCCCUCUGGCCGUGCUCGUCAAGUUUAAGGAUGGUCAGAACCACACACGCAGAGGCUGGAUGGGCUAGAAGAAGGGUAAGGACAGAAGGUACUUAAGUUAGAGCAUCCUCUGCAGGGUCAGCUGUGCCAGCUGGAAGAAUGGGCUGCUGCUUCCUAAGUAAACCCCUGUGGGCCUGGCCCGUACGAACAAAAACAGGGCCAUAGAGCUGAAAAAAAGGUGAGAAAGGCCCAAGUGGUAGAAAUAACAUGAAGACCCAGCCACUGGGUUCCUCUAGCCCUAUGCAGAGCAGCCUAACCUGUUUAAACAGGACUUGGACAUACUACACACUUGGGAAUUUUCUUUUCGGCCUGUGGCAGAUAUGAAGCCAACAGCAAGGGAGGCUGCAGUUGUGGCUGGAAGCAGACAUGAAGGCUAUGGGUCUGAUCCUGAGGGAGGACAUCAAAACUGAAGUCACCCAGACACUGCAGGACCUGUGCUCUGGGCCAUUCCCAGCAGUCAGGGUAGCCUUGGAGGGUGUCAAGGGCGACAGCCCAGCAGCACAGGACUUGACGACAGAGUGAGAUGCUGUUGAUGGCACUGGCAUGCGCACCUAGCACAGGCUACACCAUGGACAGACACUGCACAGCACUGCGAGGGGGGUAUUAUUCCCAAUGCAUAAAUGAGGAAAUUGGUGCUUAGAGAAGUUAAGGAGUAAUCAAGAAAAAGGAGAAACUUGGCCUAUUUACUUUGUAUAAGAAAACGGGAAAGGAAAAACAAGGUUAGGUACAUUUUAGAAACACUUGUGUGAAAAUGGUCAAGGCAAAGUCUGUGAUACUUCAUGUUUUUCUCAUUGCUGGGUAGCUGAAGUAUUAGAUUUUCCUUUGGUAUAUAAAUAGUCUGGGUGGAGGGAAUCUAAGAGUGUGGUAAUAAGUAGGGUUGGUUUAUUUAUUACUCCAGAUUUGGAGUUUUUAAUGUGGUCAACAGCAUUUCCUACCUGAACUGGCCUCUCCCCUUGGCUCUGCCUCUGGGAAAUAACAUUUGCAGGGCACUACUAAAAAGGAAAGAGAUUUUCGUUGUUUAGUGGUCAGGUUAAAGACAAAUCUCGUAAAUAGCCCUGGACAGGGUCCAUGGAGAGUCCUAGUUUACAGCUAUUAUCCUGGCAUAAGUAAAGCUCCCUUUCCCCAAAGUGUCCCAGAUUGGACCAUAAGUCAUUGGAUCAUCCAGGCCAUAGAGGGUGCAGAGAGUGGGGUCCUCACAAGCCAUCUCUUCUAGAGGCCAAACGUGCCUGCACUCCUCUAUGCAGCUCUCUGGGCCUGGCUCCUGAGCUC